UCGCAGUUCGCAAUUCCAUUCAAUUUAUUCAAAAAAUAACAAAACAAACAAAGCCUCUUUCGCAGAGCCCAUAGCUUCCAUUUCCACCAAUCCAAUCUUAUCACUCUCUCGCUUCCUCCAUCUCCUACAGUAUUGAGGGAUUUUUUAGGGUUUUCGAUUUGGUUUAGAAGGGAUCGCAUAAGCUGGAGAUGGAUAAUUCGGAAGUGAGGAAUGCAGAUUCUUCACAAUGCGUGCGAGUCGCAGUUAACGUUCGACCUUUGAUCACAUCCGAGCUGCUGCACGGCUGCACGGAUUGCAUUUCCGUCGUUCCUGGUGAACCUCAGGUACAAAUCGGGUCGCAUUUGUUCACCUAUGAUUACGUUUACGGUAGUACGGGUCCCCCCUGUUCUAGAUUAUAUGAUGAUUGCGUUGCUCCUCUUGUUGAUGCGCUACUCCAUGGUUACAAUGCCACGGUUCUUGCAUAUGGCCAGACGGGUUCGGGAAAAACAUACACGAUGGGGACUAACUAUAUGGGGGAAGGAAGUAAUGGUGGAGUUAUACCUAAAGUAGUGGAAAGUAUAUUCAAAAGAGUGGAGGCGACGAAAGAUUCCACAGAAUUUUUGAUUAGAGUAUCAUUUAUUGAGAUAUUCAAGGAAGAAGUGUUCGACUUGCUUGAUCCAAAUUCACCGGUUGCCUCUAAAGCUGAUGGGGCACCUCUGGCAAAGCCUGCAGUGCCAGCAAGAGUUCCCAUACAAAUCAGAGAAACAGUAAAUGGAGGAAUAACACUUGCUGGUGUGACUGAGGCGGAAGUUAGAACAAAAGAAGAGAUGGCAACGCAUCUAUCUCGUGGUUCUCAGUCUCGUGCCACUGGGAGUACAAAUAUGAAUAGCCAAUCAAGUCGCUCACAUGCUAUCUUUACAAUUACCAUGGAGCAAAAGAAACCUUCUCACUGCCUGCCUGGAGUAACUAAUGACGACAUUGGUGAUGAUAUCUUAUGUGCAAAGCUACAUCUAGUUGAUCUUGCUGGUUCUGAACGUGCAAAACGAACGGGUGCUGAUGGCAUGCGUUUCAAAGAAGGCAUUCAUAUCAAUAAGGGUUUGCUGGCUCUUGGGAAUGUGAUAAGUGCAUUGGGAGACGAGAAAAAGAGGAAAGAAGGAGGUCAUGUUCCAUAUCGUGAUAGCAAGUUGACGCGCUUGUUACAGGAUUCUCUUGGAGGAAACAGCAAAACAGUCAUGAUUGCUUGUGUCAGUCCUGCUGAUACAAAUGCUGAGGAAACUCUUAACACUUUGAAGUAUGCAAAUCGUGCUCGCAACAUUCAGAACAAGGCAGUUAUCAAUCGUGAUCCAAUGGCUGCUCAGUUACAGAGAAUGCGGAGCCAAAUUGAGCAGUUGCAGGCUGAGCUUCUAUUUUAUCGCAGUGAUGCCAGUACACCAUUUGAGGAACUCCAGAUUCUCAAAUACAAAAUAUCUUUACUUGAAGCGAGCAACGCAGAGCUACAACGGGAGCUUCAAGACCGUCGAGUUACCUGUGAGCAUUUAACACAACAUGCUCUUAAUGCUCAGGUUGAAAAAGACAAGCUGAUAAUGAAAAUUGAAUCAGCUCGAAGUGGUAAAUCCUGGGAUGAGAUCGAUUCCAGUUCAAAUCAGGAUUUUGACUUGGUAAAAAAUUAUGUCUCAAAAAUUCAAGAGUUAGAAGGAGAACUAUUGCACUUGAAAAAUUUGAAUAGCUCAAAACGCAGACGAUCCGUAGAUUGUGUUGACUCAGAUGAUGAUAGGUUCUGCUCGAAAAAUGUGUUAUUUCCAUGUACUAACGAGUAUCCAUCUGAUUAUGAAACAAAAGCUGUGGAUAUUUCAGAUGAGAUUGAAGUUGAUGAAAAGGAGCUAGAACAUUCCUCUCUUCAGGAAAAAUUGGAUAUGGAGCUCAAAGAAUUGGACAAAAAACUGGAGCAGAAAGAGGCUGAAAUGAAGCGGUUUGCAAGUGGCGAUACUUCAGUUCUUAAACAACAUUAUGAGAAGAAGGUUCAGGAUUUAGAACAAGAGAAGAAAUCUUUGCUGAAAGAGAUCGAGGAUUUGAGGUACAAUCUUGCAAAUAUUUCAUCUACUUCUGAUGAUGGUGCUCAAAAGUUGAAAGAAAAUUAUCUUCAAAAGUUAAAUAUCCUGGAGGCACAGGUUUCAGAGUUGAAGAAGAAACAAGAUGCUCAAGCUCAACUGCUGAGACAAAAACAAAAAAGUGAUGAGGCUGCAAAACGACUGCAGGAUGAGAUUCAUCGAAUAAAAUCUCAAAAGGUUCAACUGCAACAUAAGAUUAAGCAAGAGUCUGAGCAAUUUAGGUUAUGGAAGGCAUCACGAGAAAAAGAAGUUCUUCAGCUGAAGAAAGAGGGGAGAAGGAAUGAGUAUGAGAUGCAUAAGCUACUAGCUCUGAAUCAGAGGCAAAAAAUGGUUUUGCAACGAAAAACUGAAGAAGCUUCUCUGGCUACAAAAAGGCUAAAAGAACUUCUAGAAUCUAAAAAAUGUUCCUCACGUGAAACUUCUGGAGCUGGAAAUGGUGCUGGAAUUCAGGCUCUGAUGCAAGCAAUUGAGCAUGAGCUUGAAGUCACUGUACGGGUACAUGAAGUGCGUGCUGAGUAUGAACGUCAAAUGGAAGAGAGGGCUAGGAUGGCCAAGGAAGUUGCAAAAUUGAAGGAAGAAGCAUAUUUGCUCAAGCAGUCAAAAUUAAGUGAUGGCUGUGAAACAAUGUCUCCUGGUGCAAGAAAUUCGAGGAUUUUUGCACUUGAAAACAUGCUCGCUACUUCAUCUAGCACCUUGGUUUCUAUGGCGUCACAGUUGUCAGAAGCAGAAGAGCGUGAACGGAUUUUUAGCGGCAGGGGUCGUUGGAACCAAAUCCGGUCUCUCGCUGAUGCCAAAAAUAUAAUGAAUUAUUUGUUUAAUUUAGCAUCCUCCUCCAGAUGCUCUGUACGAGAUAAAGAAGUUGCCAGCAGAGAGAAAGAUUCGGAAAUAAGAGAUUUGAAAGAAAAGGUAGUGAAACUCAGUAGUUAUGCCAGGCAGGUGGAGAUGCAAAAGGCAGAACUUAUACAUCAAGUGAAGUCACAGAAUUCAGCCUUGAAGAAAUAUUCCAUGCGAAGUGCAAUUGACGGCCGGAUUCCUGACCUGAACAUUGGAGGACAUAACUAUGACCUGCGCAAACUGGAUCACCGGAGCUCCUCCAUUUUCUUAUUGGAAGACAUGGAUACGUCUGAUUCAGAACACUCAGGUGAAGAAGAAAGUGGUGAUGAUUGGGUAGAGUCAGGAAAACAUCGCGGUAGGACGAGAAAUUCUAGAACUGGAUCAGAUGUCUGCUGCUCUUGUAGUAAAUACUCUUCAUGCAAAACUAUGAAAUGCCAAUGCCGAGCUGCCAGGGGUAGUUGUGGGACAUCGUGUGGUUGUGUGGCUACAAAAUGCGCCAACAGAGGAUCGUUCUCGAACAACGAGUUUGAUGAAUCGCAGGGAACAGACAUUUUCGAAGGGAAUGGGAGCGGUUCAGCGUCUGAUGAAAAAGAGCAGAGUCACGCCCUUGCUUCUCAUGGUGCAAUGUUACUUCAGAGUGCACUUGUUGAGAAGCCUGCCGAGACAAAUGAUGAAAAUGAGCCUAGAAGGAAGCCUCUGUCUGACAUUGGUAACAAAUUGGUCAAGCCAAAAGCACCAAAGCCUAACCAGAGAAAGAAAUGGCGGACAUCUACUGUUCUGCUUGUUUCUGAUCCUCCACCGUCCUCACAGCCAGAAAACACUGAUGCCCCCCAGAAGCCAAAUAAUAGUAAUGCUAGUGAGGGGGACAUCCCCCUGAAGUUACCCAGGGCUAUGCGAUCGGCUGCAUCAAACAGCGGCAACCCGUUGAGAGAGAGGAAUGCUGGUCAAUCAGACGCAGUUGCGAAUAAGGAGCCUGCUAUUCUUACUCCAACAAGCCCUCUCCGGCAGAGAAGACCAGAGGAGAAAGAGAACAAUGACCUUUGACUUCACACUUCUCCUUGCCCUGAUUGGUGAUAUUUAUGCUAACAUUGUGAACUUUCAUGAUUCCAUCAAUGAAGUUUUUCUGUGGAUUUGUUGAGAAGAAAGAACACGAUGUCUAACAAGAGAAAUGUAUUGUGCUAGUGAGCUUUGAUCACUCAAAGGCUUUUUGUGGUGUAUUCAAUUGUGUAGGAAAAUAUAUGAAAUUUUAUUUUU